GAACCUCCAACGAAUUGCGAUCUUUGCGACACAGACAACAUCAAUACUACCUCAACGACGACCCCCAUCGUGAUUUGGCGCGUGUCUUCUUCCUCGUCGUAAGCCGUUGAAGUGUGGUGGACUGGGGAAGCGGCAUGCCCAAAACGCCACAAUCGCCCUCUGGGACACCAAGCGUACGGCAGCACACCCAUUCCCGACGACCAAGUAACUCGCGGCGAUCGAGUAGCGACAAGAAGGAAUCGCAUGCCUCGUCCUCGCCAAAGCGUAGCCCGAGGGAUGCUCCAAUAUUGAGGCUGCCAGAGAUACCAUCGGGCCCUUCCUCUGGCAUGGCGACGACAAGUAAGGGCAACGAGGUUUCCGCGACCGGCGACACGCAGACGGGACACCGAGCCAGCGAUACCGUACCAGAGGAAGGCGGCGCACCCAAAAAAUCGCCACAACCCGCAGAGCGAAAUGGCAAGGAAGGGCCACCGCUGCAGGGGAAAGGAGGCAAAAAUUCUAGCGAGGAGCUCGAGCGACUCCGAGAAGCGAUGGAUUUUCAGCUGAGGCUAACGCAGAAGCGGGAGAAGUUGGUGAAGCCGGAGCUGGAACGAGGAGAAAAAAGUGGUGAAAAAGCAGGCGGCAAAUCUCGAGUAUCCCCCAUCCAUGAGGAAGUAACAAAUUCGCCGUCGCUCGAGGCCGCGUUUGCGAGCCCUAUGGAUACGGCGACAAGUUCGACGGAGUCGGUGAAGACUGUUCGAGGAGAGACCCCAGCGCCCCUCGCUACACGGACGCCGUCAUAUCCCUUCCCUCCGAUGAAGACCUCAAGCUUUCUGGGUGGGCAUAAGCCAUUCACUACACUUUCGCCGACUGUUGUGCCUGGCAGGGAUCUCGGGGGGUCUUAUAUGGACACACGAGAACAAAUAUUAUCCGGUUCAGCAACACCCUCCUCAAUCUCCAAUUUCCAACCACCAGAAGAAAAUUACCAAAAGGAGGACAUCAACUUUCCCAACCCGAAUUUAUACGACCUCAGCCUGCUUCUUUCUGCAGAGCCCGGAUUGGACCCGUGGUGGAAUUCUGUGGUUGAGAUAAUGCGAGACCUUUACAAAGCCGAUCGCGUGACGCUAUCAAUACCAGCAGAUUCUACCGAUGUAGAAAAUGUUCCAUGGGGACAAAAAGCAACAUACAGUGCGGCUCAAGAGGAUGCGUUCAGUUUAUCAUAUUUGCCGCGGGGAAGCAGUCUGGGUCCGAGCACUGGCGGGACAUAUAAUACCUCUAAUUCCGAGUCCGUCAAUGCUGACGAGCCUGGGUCUUUUUCCAUGCCUCCAGCAAGCGCCACACAUCCCGGUCUGCCUUCCAGGCAUUCAUUUACGACUAUUGAUGACACCAAAGGCCAACCACAGUCUCGAACGGACGCCGCAAAACAAGAGGCUAGGCCCAACCCACAGCUGUCACGAAGCAAAAGCUACCUGGGAGGGCCGUCAAGCCAACAUCCUCGCGCGGGAGCCGGUAACAGUGCGCAAACCCUCCGCGAUGUACAAUUAGAUCUACAAGAACUCGAGGGCCAGCAAGCCGAAGAAGAAGCAAGAAGGCCACCGUCAUCUUGGGAGAGCCAUGACACAAGUGCGCGGGAGACAAAGGGGAGGGUGUUCCCAGUUCUCCAGGCACUGGACUUUGAAGCAGACUCCCUAAUUGAUAGCGCUGGGGUGACUAGGGUAUUGGAGCGAGGCAAGGUAAUUGCCUUGACAAGAGACUUCCCGUUCAUCGACAGCAACGAAGCCGACUUAAACGCAAGCAAGGCUGCGCUGAGAAACUCCAAGUUGCACGAGUCAAUCGGUGACUCGAGUUCGAAGGGAAGGCCGUCACCCCUAUCAAGGUCCCAAUCUGCUAUGAAUACACACAAGUCUCCAUGGCACUCUGGCCGUACCGCCAAGGGCCAGGCAAGCGGGGGCACAAAGCUGUCCGGUUUGGGGCUGUAUGCACAAGAUUUGGGAAUGGAUCCGUCGAACCUCAGAUACGAAGAACAUGAACAAGCACCUCCGUCGCCAUGGUCACAAUCUCCAGCGCCAUCUCCUGCCGUGCGAGCAGAUCCGAAUGAAAACCCAUUUUUCGCAGAUGCCAAAAUCGAUGAGGAGUCGUUUAACCCAACACAAACCCCUCAGGAUUAUUCCAGCACACAGCAGCUGGAAUCUAUUGGCAUCGAUCGGUCAUGUAGUGUCUUGCAUAUACCUCUAUACCACGUCUUGCUCUCGAAGUCCGUUCAGACUUUCCGCCUUGACUCCACCAUCAUGGAUUCAAGGUAUGCUGGACGAGGAAAGCCAUCCAAAACGGAUGAGACCGAGACAACGCCUAAAGCACAACCUGCAAUAAGAGAAAAGAAGUUGCCUAUAGCAAUUAUAUCCAUCCUCAGCCCUAUUAUUCCAUAUCCGUCAAAUUUCCGCCGCUCAUUAGCGCACCUAGCGCCCCAUCUGGCAACAUCCUUUUCUCUCUGCAGGCAUUACACGAAUUUGGAGAACGAGAUCGCAGGGUUGUCUCGAAGGCGACCACACAACUCUGGAUUUGGCGCGGUUGCGCAAAACGUAAACCGAACUACCAAUGAACGAACGUCGGCCAAAUUCUCGCCAACAGAGGACGAGACCUUCCAAACAUCAGGAGCUGGCAGCCUUACAAGCCCAAGCGACUAUUCUGGCCAGUCAAGAAGCGUUCAUGGCUCCCCACCAGGCACGCCCCUCUGGGAUCCGGGAAGUGUGGGGCUUUUUAUGGACAGGAAACCAUCUGCGAAUAGCCCAGGCUUCUUUGGAGGUGGAGGAGGGGAUGGGUACUUUGGCGCAAAAUCCAGUGCAAAGACAAGGCCCAGCGUAGGUCGGCUUGAUACCGGAUCAGCGGCAAGUGUUACAGGCGCAAGGAGGUCCUCGAAGGACUAUUCGCCUCCGGAUGCGAGACAGGCACUGAAAGCACUCCGCGAUGAGAAGGAAGCCUCUGAGCAGGCGGCUGGUGAUCAGAGGGAAGGUAUCUAUUCGGCAAAGUCAAGACAAGAAUCAGAUGCUUCUUCAACGGAACCCCAGAUGACAGGGACAGCAAGGCAUGUUCGAAUCGAAGGCGCUAGGGAACAAGGCACGGACACUGGAGAGGCUCGAGAUGCUGGUAAAAACAGGGCUGGCGGCAGCGAAUCUACGAUGUCGCCACGGCGCAUAGCCCUGCGGACAGCGACGAGUUCGCAAAAUAUAAAUCGGUCUGAGCGACAACACACCCAGCUACAUUCGUACGGGGCGGAUUUUGCAUCAACCUUUCAAUCACUGCAGCCGACGUCGAUGACAACGCCAAACAAAGCAUCAUGGGCUUUGGGAACAAGCCCACCAUCCCGGUCUGGGUCCAUGUAUGGGCCAGUUGAUAUGCCUCCACCUUCGGAUCGUCUGAAGACGCUAAUGCUCGAUACACUUCCCGCACAUUUGUUUGUGGCGCUUCCCCAAACUGGCGAGAUAGUGUGGGUGAAUAAUAGAUACCUCACAUUCCGCGGACAGACAGUCACAGAGCUGCACCAAGAUCCAUGGAGCAGUAUCCAUCCAGAUGAGCGCGAAGAUUACCUUAAGGCGUGGACUCAUGCUAUUCGUUCUGGCGAACAAUUCUCUAUGCAAGUACGCAUCAGAAGGUUUGAUGGCAAUUAUAGGUGGUUCUAUACUCGUGCAGUCGGCGGCCGGGAUACUCGAGGGGUAAUUGUGCAGUGGUACGGUUCAUACAUGGACAUUCACGACCAGCACAUCGCUGAAGUCAAAGCUGCGAGGCAAGAGGAGAUUGAAGCCUCGGAGGCCAAGCAUCGACUUCUCGCCAACCUUAUCCCCCAGAUUAUCUUCGCUGCUACAGAGGAUGAAGGUAUCACCUUCGCCAACGAGCAAUGGCUAUCUUACACUGGCCAGGAGUUCGACGACGUCCUUGGUCUUGGCUUCAUGGACUUUGUCCACCCCGAUGACCUAGCAAGAUGUCGCAUACCAACCGACACGCGACCAACUCCUUCGUCUAGAAAAUCCCGUCGUGCAUUCGAUGCAGCUAUGCCUCCUUCGCCCGAGAAGGUUUCAAGGACGACUAGUCACUCUAACGUGUCGACUGCCACAGAAAACACAGUAAAGGGGAUGCACCAGGCACUGUCGCGGACGAAUAGCUCAAGCAGCGAGUCCGUGUAUGAGCUUCCUAGCGCCGAUUUGUCAGAGCUUGCCAGGAACGGCGUCAUCAAAGUCACGACUGAUAGCAACGGGAGGUUAUCCUACACAACGGAGAUCCGCCUCAGGGCAAAGUCGGGAGAGUACCGCUGGCAUCUUGUCCGAUGUGUUGAGGUCGACAAUAUCAACUUUGGGAGCGGCGCUGGUUCGUGGUUCGGUGCGUGCACUGACAUCAAUGACCACAAGCUUCUCGAAACGAAGCUGAAAGAGGCCAUGGAAUCGAAGGGCAAAUUUUUGAGCAACAUGUCACACGAAAUCCGUACGCCAUUAAUUGGAAUUUCUGGAAUGGUCAGCUUCCUUCAGGAUACGGUGCUCAACGAGGAGCAACUUGAUUAUACAAAUACCAUACAGACGAGUGCUAACAGUUUGCUUAUGAUCAUCAACGACAUUCUGGAUUUGUCAAAGGUUGACGCGGGGAUGAUGAAGCUCUCGUAUGAGUGGUUCCACACCUCGUCACUCAUUGAAGACGUCAACGAACUCGUCUCGACAAUGGCGAUUUCCAAACACCUGGAGCUGAAUUACGUAGUUGACAGCGACGUUCCUCCCAUGGUGAAGGGCGACAGAGUCCGGAUUAGGCAGGUCCUACUGAAUGUCAUUGGCAACGCAAUCAAGUUUACUACGGAGGGCGAGGUCUUCAGCACCUGCCGUGUUUAUCACGAUAAUGACGCCUUCCUUAAUGAGAACGAGAUUAUGCUGGAAUAUUCCAUUUUGGAUACUGGACGCGGCUUCACAAAGGAGGAGGCCGACCUUAUCUUCAAGCCAUUUAGUCAAAUUGACGGCAGCAGUACACGUCAACAUGGUGGUAGCGGUUUGGGCCUCGUCAUAUCGAGGCAGCUGGUUGAGCUCCAUGGUGGCCAUAUGGAUGGUACCGCUGUCCCAGGCAAGGGUUCGACUUUCAUCUUCACUGCUAAGUUUGGUCUACCGACCGAGGACGACCAUCCAGAGCCGCCAACGACGCCACUAAUGAAGAGAACGACUGAAAGCCAAACUUCGAGUGCUCCAGAAGUAUCAAGCACCGCAAGACCUGGUCCUUCGAUUUUAAAUUCUGGGCUGACACAGUCGCCCCCUACCAUUCCUCCGAGUGCCGAGAAUGCCGCUACCUCCCCACAGAAUAUCUCGUGGAACAGCUCAAACCCGUCAAGUCCUUCAUUGCGCACUCUGGCAACGCACUCGUCAGGGUCGUCUGGAAGUCACAGCCUCUGCCAAUUCAAUCAGUCCGCUCGAACUGGCUCGCAAGACUCGACAACGAUGAAGCUAUCGCCGCCGGAGAGUCGACAGGCUUCGACCGAUCACAGCGUGCCUUCACCACAGUCUAGCGCAUCGUCUCUCCCUCUCCCCGAACAUACGAAGCUCUUCCGCCCACCAUUAUAUUCUAUCCUUGUCGUAUGUCCGCAAACACACAGCCGCGAAGCGACGAAGAAACAUAUCGAGAUGACCCUUCCGAAAAAUAUACCCUAUCAGAUUACGCCUGUGGCCAGUCACGAAGAUGCACAGAAACUUCUCUCCGGCGACGACCCUAUUAUCUUUACACACAUAGUUUUAAACCUACGGUUACCGGAGAACAUAAUUAUCAUGAUGGACCAGAUCUUCCACACGCCAUCUAUGUCCGAAACUUCCAUCGUUAUCCUCUCCGACCCCGUCCAGCGUCAAUCGGUCAUGAAGAAGGCGACAUACCACGACUACGACCAGCUGGCAAAGCACGGUCGGCUCAACUUCAUCUACAAACCGGUGAAGCCGUCGAGGUUCGCUGUCAUCUUCGAUCCGGACAAGGAGAGGGAUUUGAGUACGGAUCGCAACCGCUCGAGUGCUCAGCAUGUUGUCGCAUCCCAGAAGCAAAACUACCUCGAUGUGGAGAAGCGGCUCGGGAACAAGGGUCUCAAGGUCUUACUAGUGGAAGAUAAUCUGGUCAAUCAGAAGGUCCUCUUGAAGUUCCUCAGCAAAGUAGGAAUUCAUGUAGAAAAGGCCAUGGAUGGUGUCGAGUGCACAGAAACAGUGUUCGCAAAGCCACACGACUUUUAUUCACUUAUUCUUUGCGAUCUCCACAUGCCGCGAAAGGACGGGUACCAGACCUGUCGCGAGAUUCGGAGUUGGGAGCGGGAGCAAGGAUACCCGCGCAUGCCGAUCAUUGCGCUGUCGGCGAACGUGAUGGUGGACGUUCUGGACAAGUGCGUGUCGGCCGGGUUCAACAGUUAUGUGACGAAGCCCGUUGAUUUUAAGAGCUUGAGCAAGGCGAUGAUUGAUUUGUUGGAUCCUGUUAUUACGUGAUUGAGCGGUCUGGUGCUGGGGUGCGUGGCCGGCUGGAUGCAAGGCCGUUCGGGGGGAGGGAUUGGGGGUGUUUGAAAGUUUGUAUUACGGUUUGGGUGGUCAUGAAGAUGUACUAUUAGAACAGGUAUUGUGUUAAUUUUAAAUGAUCUUGAAGAACUA